AGACUCUUUAUGCACUACACUAGCCCUUUGUUAUCGAUAUAAACACAUAUCUUCAGUUGCUAUUAACCCACAAAUGAAGGAAAAGAAAGGAGGCUUGAGGGAGAUGACAUGAUGCAAAGGAACUCUACCAACAACACGAACAACAACAGCAUCUCUAAUAACCCAUCGUCACAUCAAGCCUGCGCUUCAUGCAAACACCAACGAAAGAAAUGCAACAAUGAAUGCAUCUUAUCCCCUUAUUUUCCGGCUCGAAAGACCAAGGAGUUUCAGGCCGUUCACAAAGUGUUUGGUGUUAGUAACGUACAGAAAAUGGUACGGACCGUACGUGAUGAGGAUCGUACCAAGCUGUCUGAAUCUUUGACAUGGGAAGCUCUAUGGAGACAGAAAGAUCCGGUUCUUGGCUCAUAUGGGGAGUAUAGGAGGAUCAGUGAAGAGCUUAAGCUGUACAAAAGCUUAGUUCAUAACCAACCUGUCAUUGGUUGGGAUAAUAAUCAUCAACGUUUAAUCAACAAUAACAACAAAAACGGAUUAGUGGUAAACUCAAGUGGAUCUGGUGGGUUUAGUGUUAAUAACAAUGGUGUUGGUGGUAACCGGGACGUUAUUAACGGCGGAUUUAUAUCGAGGAAUUUGCAAGGUGGCUAUGAAAAUUUAAGGCAAGAUCAAAGGCAACAAUGUUAUGCAGUGAUUAAUGGGUUUAAACAGCAUCAUCUCCCUCUAAGCAAUUGAUUCUUAAGUUCUUGUGGAUAUGAAGCCUGCAUGCUACAUGUUUGUAGUUGCUUGUGGCUUACUUAUACGUUAUUGAGCUUUUUUCUUCUUAUUUUAAUGCAAUUUCUGGUGUAUUUUAUAAUGUCUUCGAGGACUAAAAACGUGUACGGUAAUUCAUUAAUAUUAUAGGUCAUCUCAUAAGUAUGUGUACUGUGUGCUAUAAAUUUUUGAAUUAGCAAUAAAUAUUACAUGUGUUUUGAUUUAGUAGUAUAGAGUGAAUCUUCAAUGUUAGUGUUAAAUGAUGUAUCACUAGACUCAAUGCCAAACCUAUUGUUAAACGAAUCAGCUUCUCAAACAUGAUGCUUGUAGGAGAAAGUAUUGUUCAAUUGAAUCUUAUGUGCUUAACACAUGUUUCUAUUAUAAUCUCAUUUUUAUCUUUGGAAUCAUGUUAGCAGUACCUUGGUUCUCAAGUAUCUCUAUGUACUUUAUUCACAUGCACAGUCAUAAUUAUUUUUAUCUGCGCUAUUGCAUAUUGUCAUACAUAUAAAGCUUCUAGAGAUUCUUGGACUCACUUUGUGGGAUAGCUUGCAAGCAUAUCAAUACCACACUUACCCGUUUCUUCACUAUAACCACGUUUCAUCCUUACAUACACUUGUUCACCUCAACCAGUUCCCCACGAAUUCUUUACAAUCCAGUACUUUUGACCAUCUUCUUCUCCAUAUCCAACAAUAGUCACUCCAUGGUUAAGAUGGUUUCCACAGAAGCAUGUGAAUACACCAGAAGAGUAGAGCUGAAAGAUAAAACCAUCAGCAUCUAUUCCUACUGAUACUGGCUGUUGAGCAGUAGCUGCUUGUAAACUCGCCUCGUUCUGUUCCAUGUGUUUUGAUUUAGUAGUAUAGAAUGAAUCUUCAAUGUUAGUGUUAAAUGAUGUAUCACUAGACUCAAUGCCAAACCUAUUGUUAAAAGAAUCAGCUUCUCAAACAUGAUGCUUGUAGGAGAAAAUAUCAAUGAAUUGUUCAAGUGAAUCUUAUGUGCUUAACACAUGUUUCUAUUAUAAUCUCAUUUUUAUCUUUGGAAUCAUGUUAGCAGUACUUUGGUUCUCAAGUAUCUCUAUGUACUUUAUUCGCACAGUCAUAAUUAUUUUUAUCUGCGCUAUUGCAUAUUGUCAUACAUAUAAAGCUUCUAGAGAUUCUUGGACUCACUUUGUGGGAUAGCUUGCAAGCAUAUCAAUACCACACUUACCCGUCUCUUCACUAUAACCACGUUCCAUCCUUACAUACCCCUGUUCACCCCAACCAGUUCCCCACGAAUUCUUUACAAUCCAGUACUUUUGACCAUCUUCUUCUCCAUAUCCAACAAUAGUCACUCCAUGGUUAAGAUGGUUUCCA